CACAAAAGAGACACUUUUUCUAAUCAUAAAAAAAAUGAUUUAGUUUUUGUUAUUGUUUAAAAAAAAGUGUCUCAUUUGUGUGUCUAAGCACUGCUUUUUUGAUUUUGUAACCAUGUAAAACUAGCUCCUUCCUAACUCAUGCAGAUUUCAAAAUACUUCCUUUUCAUCCUCCUUCAAGACCACAAAAAGAAAGAAUUUAACAAUCAAAAUAAAUAAAUAAAAGUGCACAGGUUAGAUUCAAAAAGGAGAAUUGGAAGCAAAGCAAGAUUAAAUACUACUUAUUAGCUUUAUUCCUGAUUCGAAAAAGCAAGUGGAGCUGAACUUGAGUCUCCGCCAUCAUGAGUGUGACAGUCGUUGCAGUAGAUUUGGUUGUAUCAGUGGUAGCUAAACUCCUGAUUGAAGAGUAUGCAGUGUUGGGGUAUGCUGUGAGGCAUGUAGAAUGGAUUGAGAAAGAGCUGAGGUCAAUGCAGGGAUUGUUAGAACAGGUUGAAAAGCGAGGGGACGGUGAACAGGAAGAAGCCUUGAAAGACUGGGCAGAAAUGUUGAAGGACGUUGCUGGUGAUGCAAAGAAUGUGAUAGAAACGUUUGUGAUAAAAUCAGGGACGAGAAGGAGGAGAGGAGCUCUGUAUUUGUUAGACAAACACAAAGUUGGGAAAGAGUUGGUGGAGAUCCGCACGAGGAUGAGAGAAAUCUCUCAGUUUGGAAUGAACUUAAACACAGGUGUUAGUGUCUCCGUUGAAACUCAAGGAGAAGCAAAACCGUCAUGGUCAUCAACAACCACCUCAGUAGUGGAGAAGCUUGAUCGCAUUCUGAGUCAAACUAUAGUUAAUGAUGAUAAGGUGAUUGAGAUGGUAGAACGUGUAAAAAAUCAACUCAUUGAGCUGCAAAAUAUUGCGAAUAAUUUGAAGUCAACAAAUGAAAGAGAAAAUGUGUGGUUGGAAGAGGUGAAGGAGGUCUGUAAUUAUACGCAAAGUGUUGCAACAAAUUUCAUCCUUGGCAAGGAAAGAUGGUCUAAAAUGGGUUGGCUUAAGAAGGUUGUUUAUCUUCCAGUGAAUUAUGCUUCCGAAAAUCAAUUUAAGAAGAAGAUGAAGUAUAUUAGGACUCAAAUUGAAGAUGCACUUCACAGAAGUUUUACUUUUGGAGUUGGUGGACAAGAGAGAAUGGGAGACAACAAACAAACAACAAUCUUUCCAGUUGAGAUAAUUCCUGAAGUAAUCUCUGUGGGUAUUGAGUUUGUUCUUUAUGUUUAUAUCCCUGACAAUGUUAACCAGGCGUUGUUAUUCUUUAAUGCGCUAAUCCCUGUAGCUCUGAACUUAGUUGUAAAAAGUGGGAGGGGAGAGGAAAACUCCAAUAAGGAGAGAAGAAGAAUAGCAAUAUCAAAACUGGUCGCCAGAAUCUUAAUUUACUCUUUUAUUAAUUAUAUGUUGAUUAUUAUCGUGUCACAGUUUCUCCCAGUCCGUGUAGCACUCCUUUUCCAAUUGAUUAUUCCAUUUUAUGAUGUUAUUGUCUGGAUUGUGAAGUUGUGGAGGUCUUUGAACAAGAAUUUGAAGUGUACGCAAAGAUAUUUAGCUUUAAUGCAUGCGUUUCUUAAUGAUACGACAGAAAGUGUUACUCUGAAUGAAAGACAGAAGGUAUGGGUGGGUCAAGUGAGAGCUGUAACUCAAAAUGGCCAGUCCCUUAUUGCAUUUCCAACUCCAACGGCUGGUUGUUUGAGCAGAAGAAUUAUGUUUCCCAAGGACAUCGAGUGCUUGUUGAAGGAGAUUCUUAAUAUCUCACACAGGAAGACCAUUUAUGGCAUUGAUGCUGCAAAUAUUCAACAACAAAAGCUAGUACCAGCAGCACCACCACCACCACCGGUUGCCUCCUCCUCCACGUCCUCGUAUCGGCGUGUCACAGGGCUCAAACACAAGGUCCUAUCAAUCAGAGGGGAAAAGGAAUUGAUGGAUGCACUUUUUGUGGAUGCUGGUGAGAUGGAAGGAGAACUAGAUGGAAGAUCCAGAAUCUGGGUGCAGCAGAUGAGAGAUAUUUCCAAUGAAAUUGCAUCUGUCCUUAACGACUACAAUGCUAAAUUGGAGCAUGAGCUGAUUCUCAAAUACUUUUUCAAGUGCAAGACUCGAAGUAUUAUUAGGAAGAAGAUAGAUGACAUCUUAAACAAAAUUGAAGAUGCCUCUAGAAGAAGAAAAGCGUAUGGUAUGGUACAAUUUCAGACCCGUGCUGCCGACACCUCGUCGUCGACCACGGUUCAAAUAUUACGUGGCAGGACGCAGCUGCCUCUCGUUGCUAAAGAAUCACGUGUCAUUGGAUUUGAUGAUGAAGCACACGUUUUGAUGGCUCAGUUACUGUCAGAUGAGAAACGUCGCUGCAUUACAUGGAUUGUUGGAAUCGGAGGCACCGGUAAGACAACACUAGCCAAGUUGAUAUUUGAAGACAAGACUGUUGCUGAUCAUUUUGAGUGUCAAGUAUGGGUGUCAAGUUGUAAGCCGGCUCAACGGCUUCUCCAACAAAUUGCUAAUCAAAUUACACCAGACUCCUCUUUCUCCUCCUCCAGUGACGUUCUCCAAACCUUGGCACAUAAAAAGUAUCUAAUAGUUAUUGAUGGGAUAGAAGAAACUUCCAAAGUAAUCUUGGAUACCUUGUUGAGUAAGGCCAUACCUGAUAUGUCAACUGGCAGCAGACUUCUUCUUACCACUCGCAAGACAAAUUUAGCCCACCAAUAUGCAGCAGAUACAACCUUUGUUCACCCACUACAGUUAUUAGAUGAUGAAACUAGUUGGGUGUUGUUUACAAGACAUUUGAAGGUGGACAGUCCUCUAGAAGAAGAACUCGUGAAAGUUGGAAGAGAAAUUAUGAUGAAAUGUGGGGGCCUGCCAUCACAAAUAUUAAAAAUGAGCUGUUUACUUUCAGAUGCCACACUUACACUUGAGGAGUGGUCAAGCGUGCUGGGGAGGCAACAGUUCAAUGAAGAUCAAAAACAAAGUUGGUCUGAAACGCUUAAAACAAUCAAUACAGACUUACCUCUCUAUCUAAGGAGAUGUCUGUCUUACUUAGGCCUAUUCCCUAGUGAAUUUGGGAUUCCUGUUAGAAGAUUGGUUGUUUUGUGGGUUGCCGAGAGUCUGGUGCAUCAUGCUGCAGAACAAGAACAAGACCAAGAGCCCCCAGAGCAUGUUGCAGAAAGGUACUUGACAGAGUUGAUAGAUCGGAAUCUCAUUCAAAUUGCCAAGAGAAAGCACAAUGGCAAGGUCAAAACAUGCCGUCUCCCAUAUGCUUUGCGACAAUUCUGGUGGACGAAAGCUAACGAAUCCAUAUUUCUCAAACCCGACCCUGCCACAUAUUCCAAUUCAGAUCCAAAAAACUCCAUCAUUCGUUGGGUGACAGAUCAUCUUAAUACCAAUCAUAUCUGUUAUGAUCAUAUUCAUGGUGAUGCUGACAGUACUAGAAAUGAUUCAGCUUCCCUGAGAACCUACUACAAGGAUGUUCGUUCCUUUCUGUCUUUCGAUGCUCGAGAGGGAAGUAAACCUGGCCAAGAAAUAGGCAACUUCAUGAAGGUAUCUAUUUUGGCCGAUUGUUUUUUACUCUUACGGGUUCUUGAUCUUGAACGCGUUUACAAGCCCAAAUUGCCUAAAACCAUAGCAAGACUUUCGCAGCUGAGGUAUCUUGGUUUAAGAUGGACUUACUUGGAGUCACUUCCAUCAUUUAUAAGCAAGUUGUUGAAGCUACAGACACUUGACCUCAAACAUACUUAUAUACAUACUCUACCUACCUCCAUCUGGGAGAUGGAACUGAGGCACUUAUUCUUGAGUGAGACCUUCCACAGCAGAUUCCCACCUCAACAAAAGGAUCGUUUUUCUCUCAUCAGAUUUCUUCUGCCUCAGCGAAGAGAUAAUUUUCUGCAAGAUCUUCAGACACUGUGGGGACUCUUUGUAGAUGAGGAGACUCCAGUGAAGAAUGGCUUGGACACACUGGUCAAUAUCACAAAAUUGGGAUUAGCAUGCCAACAAAUGUCAUUAGAGCAAGAAGCUAUGACAAAACAACUUGACACAGUGGCUGAUUGGAUUGCCAAACUAGAACAACUUCAAUCACUAAGACUAAAAUCAAGGGACGAAAAAGGGAAACCUUGGAUUUUAUGCUUGAAGUCCUUCAGAAAUAAUGUAAAUCUCACUGACAUGUAUUUGCUAGGAAAAUUGAGCAGUUCAUCUAUUUUGUCCCAAUUUCCGAAUAGCCUCGUUGAACUUACCCUAUCACAUUCAAAACUAGAGAAGGACCCCAUGCAACUUUUGAAAGAAUUAUCAAAUCUUCAAACACUGUGUUUACUCGCAGACUCUUACGUGGGACAAACCAUGCAUUGCCAAGCUCAAAAAUUUCCUCAACUUCAUGUCUUGAAAUUAUGGGUGCUGCAACAACUAGAGGAAUGGAUUAUAGAACCAGGAGCACUCCCCUGUCUCAGACAGCUGGAAAUCAGAUCGUGUUCGCAAUUGAAAAUGCUUCCUUAUGGACUAAUGAAUGUCAACACUCUGCUUGAGUUGAAAUUAACAAACAUGCAAGAGGAAAUCAAUGUUGAUGCACAUAAGUAUAACAACAUCCUACCCAAUUGUCAAGUGGUCAUAAACUAAUUUUCAGUAUAAUAUUUAAUAAUUGUUGUGGCUUUUCAAAAACAAAAAAUUGGUGUGUGGGAAUAAAGGAUGAUGAGUUAAUUUGUUCUUGGUUGAAAUGAAUGGUAUGUAAUAAGUAAGUUCAAUGUUUAUUUCUCUGUAGAAUUUGUAUUUCACAUGUUAUUUUCCUUAUUGUGUUGUGUGGUGGAAUCCAAAUAUUGUGUUUCAUAAUAAUAAAAAUAAUUUGUAUUUGGACAA